AUGGCUUUCAUGGGGUCGUUCGACCCCAGUGACCCCACUGUAGAUCCGUGGGGUUUUUUUGGCACUCUUCCUGACAUUUAUGGACUAGUUGCUGACAUCUCACAGUGCAUUUGCUGUACAGUUCAGUAUGUUUACUGCCUUCGGCAUGCUGAUAAUCCUUUCAAAGCAUCCCUUUUGCCUGCCAUAUUUCUUCUCUGUUUAGGUGGUUCAAAACUAAGUAAUAACCGAAGGAACGCCAAUACCACUGAUAACAACAUCUUGAGAAAGCCUUUGGAUAGUAAUUCCUCUACCUCUACCUCUACAAUUACUAGCACUUCACGUUCAAGCCCGCUAUUUCAGGCUCAACGGGGUCUUCUUCGAUCCAGGUGGAGAGCCCCUCGGAUGCGCUGGACUACCAAUCUACACGCUCGCUUUGUUCAUGCUGUUUACCUUUUGGGUGGCCAUGAAAGGGCUACACCAGAGUCACUUCUUGAGCUUAUGGAUGUCAAAGAUCUCACCUUGGCACAUGUCAGAUCUCAUUUACAGAUUUAUCGGACGGUUUUCAUCGCCAAUAGAGCAGCGGCCUUUUCAGGACAAUCUACUUUUUCGAGUUUUUUAUUUUUUAAUUUAUUUGAAAAACAAUUUAUAAAUAAAACUGAGCAAUACGACAGAGUGUUAUGACUUUAUUGUACAGGACAAUCUGAUGUCCAUGAAAAUUCUUCGUCUUGGGAUGCCACUGAAGACAUAAUUUUUGAUCUUCAGAACCCAAGAAAGUCUGGUGAUCAGCUCUCAUCAGCGCAGACUAUUGAUGUUCAAGAUAACAAGGACUCCUUGGGAAAAUUCUUGAAGGUCAACACGAAUUAAACUGCUCAUUUGCUGCUUAAUUAAUUUGCAUAUUAAAUCUUUUUGCAGCUUUUUAGUCUUAGAUAUUCGGAAGGCUUCUUCUUCUUUAUUUAUUUAUUUAUUUAGUUUUCAAAGAGGACGAGAUGGAAAUUUGAAGAAAUAAUUAAGGGGAAUUUUAAUGGA